AGAAGGAAUUUCUAUGUUGCAUGUCCUGAGAAUUUAAAUGGGAAAGACUCACCAAGAGCAGAGAAUUUUGAUGAAGCAGAUACGAAGAUAGUUGGUGGAUUCAUAGCAAAACCUAAUCAGUUUCCAUUUCAAGUUGCGUUGUAUUACAAAGGUUCAUUACGAUGUGGUGGAAGCAUAAUUGACCCAUCUUGGAUAUUAACAGCAGCUCAUUGUGUCGGUGUUGAACAAUUGUCGAUUCUUGCUGGUUCAAAUAUUUUGGGAGUUGGUGGAAGUUGGAGAAAUGUCGUUGAAACUAUUAUUCAUGAAGAUUAUGGCAACUUUAAAAAUGACAUCGCUUUGAUGCGCUUGGACAGACCAUUGAACUUCAGUGAUUCAAUUCAAUCUGUGGAAUUACUGGAAGAAAAUAUUCCUGCAUUAAGUGAAGUCACAAUUUGUGGUUGGGGGAGAACUUCCAACAUCGGAUUCAUCUCAACACUCCUCAAGUACAACGUCAUUGAAAAACUUGAUAAUAAGAAUUGUUCAUUCGCAACACCGACAUUUAAUUUUGAUGGCGUGCUUUGUCUUGGUCACAGCAUCAAUAAUGGCGCUUGCAAUGGAGACUCUGGUGGAAGUGCAAUUUACAAUGGUAAGCUCUGCGGCCUAGCAAACUUUGUAGUUGGCGGUUGUGGAUCUUCAUUUCCUGAUGGAUACGCUAAAAUUUCUUAUUACAUUGAUUGGAUUAAACAAAAGAUGUUAAAAUACGAUGAAAAUGAAGUUAAAAGUUUCAUUCAAUCCAAAAUGACAGCAAGAAUAAUUGGCGGAUGGGAAGCAGAGCCGCAUCAGUUUACAUCUCAAGUUGUGGUUUAUAUUGAAAGGAAUGAGAAAAAAUCUCUUUGUGGUGGAACUAUCAUUGAACGAUGUUGGGUGAUAACUAAAGCUUCUUGUUUCCAUGAUGAUGAUCUACCCCAGAUGAUCACAGUUCAUGCUGGAACUCAUUCAAUCAAUUAUAAUGGAACCACAAGAAAAGUUAAACGAAUAAUAACUCAUGAAAACUUCUCGCAAAAAGAUAACAGAAAUGACAUCGCCCUAGUGGAGCUGAAAAAGUGUUUGACUUAUUCAAAAUCAAUUAAAAAAGCUGAGUUAGAAAAAACUUUUAACCCCAUGAAAAAAGAAGUCACAGUUGUCGGAUAUGGAAAUAGCGAGGACAAGUGGGAUAAUGGUGUGGAAUCAAAUGUCUUAAAAUACAAUAAACUAAAACUGAUGAGCGUAGAGAAUUGUAAAAAAUAUGCUCUGACUUUUAGUCAUCCUGGAAAAUUUUGCCUCAAACAAACUAAAAAUAAUGCAGUUUGCUAUGGUGACGCAGGUGGAGGUGCUUUUUGUGAUGGAAAACUAUGUGGAAUUACUAGCAUCAUUUUUAAACCUUGCACUGCAGUACGCCCAUCAUUGUAUACAAAAAUUUCAUACUAUUAUAAAUGGAUUCGAAGAUUCACUCAUCGAUACCGAUCAAUUACAAAAUCUGCGAGAAUAAGUGGCGGAUGGGUGGCAAAACCACGUCAGUUUCCAUCUCAAGUUAUAAUUUUUAUCAGAAGGAAUGAGUAUUCAACUGAAUGUACUGGAACUAUCAUUGAACGAUGUUUGGUGAUUAAUUUAAUCAAAAAGCUUCAACUUGCGUCUUUGCACUCACCAUUGUUUCAAUUUUAUUCACAAAUUAAUCGAAUGAGAAUGCAAGAAAACCACAAAAUAUUGACAUUAUUAACAUUCAUUUGUAUAAUUAAUCUUUGCACUACGAAAGAGAGAAAAAAUGCAAGAAUAAUGGGUGGACAAGAUGCUGAGAAAAAUCAAUUUCCGUCUCAAGUCAUAAUUAACAGAGGGGACAAGUAUGCAUGCACUGGAAGCAUAAUCGAACGAUGCUGGGUGAUAACUGCAGCAAGUUGUUUCAAAAAUGGACAAAAGGACAUCUCAGUUGUAGCUGGAACCAAUUCAAGGAAAGUUGGUGGAAUUGAAAAAGAAGUCAAAAAAAUUUUUAUUCAUGAAAACUUCUCAGCGAAAACUUAUGAAAAUGACAUCGCUUUAUUAAAACUGAAAGAAUGUUUGAACUUCAAGAAGAAAAAAUCCAUUAGAAAGAUUAAAUUUUCAAAUAGAUCUGAUGAAAAAAUGACAGAAGUAAUUGUUGUUGGAUGGGGAAAUACUUCACCAUUAACUGAACCAAGUUUAAAUUUAAAGUACACGAAACUUAAAGCAAUGAUGGAUUUCGAUUGUCGUGAAAUGUCCGACAGUUAUAAUUAUCCGGGAAUGUUUUGUCUUGUGGCGCAAAAUGGAAGUGCUUCUUGUAAUGGCGAUGUAGGUGGUGGUGUGAUUUGUGAUGGAAUAUUGUGCGGGAUUACCAGCUUCGUCUUUCGUCCUUGUGGUUCAAAAACACCUUCAAUAUACACAAGAGUUUCUCAUUAUUGUUCUUGGAUUUGGAAUACGAUAAAUCAUUUUAUUCAAUCCGAAAUGACAGCAAGAAUGUAUGGUGGAUGGGAAGCGAAAUCGCAUCAGUUUCCAUCUCAAGUUGUUGUUUAUUUUAAAAGGAAUGAGAAAGAGUCUUUUUGUGGUGGAACCAUCAUUGAACGAUGUUGGGUGUUAACUGCAGCUUCUUGUUUCCGUGAUAACGAUAUACCCCAAUUUGUCACAAUCAAAGCUGGAACUCAUUCAGUCGCUUAUGGUGGAACCGAGCGCAAAGUUAAACGAAUAAUAACUCAUGAAAACUUCUCGCAAAAAGAUAGAAGAAAUGACAUCGCCCUAGUGGAGCUGAAAAAGUGUUUGACUUAUACAAAAUCAAUUAAAAAAGCUGAGUUGGAAAAAACUUUUAACCCCAUGAAGAAAGAAGUCACAAUUGCUGGAUUUGGAUUUGGCACCGAUGGUAACCAUACCACUAGUUCAGCUAUUUUAAAAUACAACAAACUAAAACUGAUGAGCACAGAAAAUUGUCAAAAACAUUCUUCUUUGUUUUAUCAUCCUGGAAAAUUCUGUCUUAAACAAACUAACAUAAAUGGAGCUUGCAAAGGUGACGUAGGUGGAGGUGCUUUUUGUGACGGAAAACUAUGUGGAAUAACCAGCUUCAUGUUUGAACCUUGUGGCAGAAUAGUUAUGCAGCAGAGCAAUAAAAUAAUUAAAACAACAACAACAUUAAUGAUCAUCUUUGCAUUCAAUUUGUCUGAUGUCAUUUCUUCAAGAAAAUCUGCGAGAAUAAGUGGCGGAUGGGUGGCAAAACCACGUCAGUUUCCAUCUCAAGUUAUAAUUUUUAUCAGAAGGAAUGAGUAUUCAACUGAAUGUACUGGAACUAUCAUUGAACGUUGUUGGGUGAUAACUGCAGCUGCUUGUUUCCGUGAUAGCGAUCCGCUCGUAAAUAUCACAAUCAAAGCAGGAAUUUCUAAUUCAAUCGAUCGUAAUGGAGCACGAAGAAAAGUUAAACGAAUUGUGAUCCAUGAAAAAUACGCAAAUAACCCAAGAAGAAAUGAUAUCGCUUUAGUGGAACUGAAAAAGUGUUUGAGUUAUAGGAAAUCAAUUAAGAAAGCUGAGUUGGAAAGAAGUUUCAACCCGAUGAGAAGGGAAGUCACAAUUUCUGGAUAUGGAAUAAGCAACAAAAACGAUGGUGUAAUUUCAACUGUUCUGAAAUACAAUAAAUUGGAACUCAUGAGCAUGGAUAGUUGUCAUAAUUCUAAUGAAGACUUUAAUCAUUCUGGAAUCUUUUGUCUUAAACAAACGAGAAGAAAGGGAGCUUGCUAUGGUGACUUGGGUGGUGGUGCAUUUUGCGAUGGAAAACUAUGUGGAAUUGCCAGCAUAAUUUAUCAGUAUUGCGCCUCGAUACGACCUUCAGGAUACAUGAAAAUUUCUCACUACUACAAAUGGAUUCGAAGAUUCACUCAUCGACAUCGAUCAAAUACAGGGGACAAGUAUGCAUGCACUGGAAGCAUAAUCGAACGAUGCUGGGUGAUAACUGCAGCAAGUUGUUUCAAAAAUGGACAAAAGGACAUCUCAGUUGUAGCUGGAACCAAUUCAAGGAAAGUUGGUGGAAUUGAAAAAGAAGUCAAAAAAAUUUUUAUUCAUGAAAACUUCUCAGCGAAAACUUAUGAAAAUGACAUCGCUUUAUUAAAACUGAAAGAAUGUUUGAACUUCAAGAAGAAAAAAUCCAUUAGAAAGAUUAAAUUUUCAAAUAGAUCUGAUGAAAAAAUGACAGAAGUAAUUGUUGUUGGAUGGGGAAAUACUUCACCAUUAACUGAACCAAGUUUAAAUUUAAAGUACACGAAACUUAAAGCAAUGAUGGAUUUCGAUUGUCGUGAAAUGUCCGACAGUUAUAAUUAUCCGGGAAUGUUUUGUCUUGUGGCGCAAAAUGGAAGUGCUUCUUGUAAUGGCGAUGUAGGUGGUGGUGUGAUUUGUGAUGGAAUAUUGUGCGGGAUUACCAGCUUCGUCUUUCGUCCUUGUGGUUCAAAAACACCUUCAAUAUACACAAGAGUUUCUCAUUAUUGUUCUUGGAUUUGGAAUACGAUAAAUCAUGGAAGUGUUAUUGAUAAAUGUUGGGUGAUAACUGCAGCAAGUUGUUUCAACGGUGUUGAAAUGGCAAGAGUAACAGUUAAAGCUGGGACUAAUGAUAUCUAUUAUGGUGGAAUUCCAAAAGAAGUUGAAAAAAUAAUAAUUCAUGAAAAUUAUGAUGUUAUCAAUAUGCAAUAUGACAUCGCUUUACUGAAACUGCAAUCUUGUUUUAAGUUGGGAAAAACAAUCAAAAAAAUUAAGUUAGAUAAAAAAUUCGAACCGUUGAAUAAUGAAGUAACUAUUGUCGGAUGGGGGAGUACAUUUGAUACAGUACCAAAUGAAUGGUUGAGGCACAACACACUUAAGAUCAUGGGUGAUUAUCAGUGCCAGUAUACAUCUAAGGUAUAUGACCAUCCAGGAAUAUUUUGUCUCAUAGAAGAUAAAACGGGUGCUUGUGAUGGCGAUAAAGGUGGAGCUGCAAUCUGUGAUGAAAAACUGUGUGGAAUUACAAGCAUCAUCGCUCAUCCCUGUGCAGGAAGAAAUCAAUUUUCAUCACAAGUUAUUGUUAAAUGGAAGAAAAGAUUUGCAUGUACUGGAAAUAUAAUAAGUCGUUGUUGGGUGUUAACUGUAGCAAGUUGCUUCGAUGUUGAUAAACCACAGAAUGUUUCAAUUGUAGCAGGAACUAAUGUAAACGGUAUUGGUGGAACCAAAAGAAAAGUUGCACGUGUGAUAAUUCACGAACAAUACAUGCAAAGUGUAAAUAAAUUUGAUAUUGCAUUGUUGGAGCUGAAAAAGUGUUUGAAUCUUAAUGACUAUAAUUCUAUUAUGAAAAUCAAGUUGAUAAAUAAAAAGCCUGGAUCAACAUAUACAGAAACUUGUCAUAAGAUAUCUGCAAGGUACAAUCACCCUGGAAUAUUUUGUCUCCAUCAACGAUUCUAUGCUCCCACUGGAUUUCAUAGACCUUGUCUUGCUGGGAAAGGAGGUGCUGCAAUUUGUAAUGGAACACUUUGCGGACUCGGCAGCAUCAUCUGUGAAAAAUGUUUCGCUUCAACUCCUUUAGGCUACACAAAUCUUAAUUAUUUUAGACCUUGGAUUGAGAGCUCGAUAGAAACAAAAUUAGAAUAAAUUCCUGAAAGAUUCAAAUUUCUAUUACAGUGGAACCUCGAUAAGCCGAUGGCUCAACAGGGACAAAAAUAUUGAUUUAUUGAGGUUAUUGGUUUAUCGAGCUCAUUUCCAACAUAAAUAUUCGUCAAGGCAGACAAAAUAAUAUCGGUUAAUCGAGGUUGUAAGUUUAUUGAGGCAUCGGCUUAUCACAGUUCACUGUAUUACGAUCGAUAUCUAACAAAUUGUAUCCAUUAAGACUAUUUUCUCCUUUCGACAGUAUGAAUGAAAUUAAUGAUGUCAUCAAUUCAUUUUACUGUUUAAUAAUCAAAGCUUCUUCAAAUACAAAUCUGAAUAAAUGAAUUUAGAAUUAUUUUCGUUACUCAAG